AUGGCAUCCGUGCCAAGAGAAAUCGGAGACUUCUCCGUUCUCCCCAUCAGCAUACCGCCAUUGCCGGCAUAUUCUUACAGCGUCAUUCACUACGUCUACGCUCGUCGAAAUGCACCCAAACUCCCCACCGCCCACGAUUCUCGAAGCCUCUUCUUGACGAACGUGCCCGUUGAUAGUACAGAGGCGCACUUCCGUGCGAUCUUCUCGGAUCUUGUUGGGAAUGGCCGAUUUGAGAGCAUCACCUUCGAAGCGGACAAGAGUGCAUCUCCAGCGUCUCUCGAGCCAGCGCAAGCAGCCAGGCUGGCGAGCAUUUCCCGGAAAAGGAAGCGGAAUGACAGCGAAUCGGAUGAAGAGGACGAAGAGAUUGCGCGCAUGCCGGAAACAUGGUCACGUCGAUUAGUGAAGAGUGGCAGCACGGCUGUAGUCUUGCUUGCGGAUGAGAAGAGCGUGGACCUGGUCCUCAAAGCCAUCACGAAGGUCCACAAAACAAAAAAGUAUCCCGUCUGGGGAGAAUCAAUCGGGAGCAAAGUACCUGCAUUGGGAUCUCAAUGGCUGAGGUCUCAUAAUCGUCUCUCGUAUCCUGACAAGGAGGCUUUGCAGAACAGUGUUGAUGCAUUCUUCACACUCUUCAACAAGAAAGAGCAAGAGGCGAACGAGCUCGCGAAGAGGCUACGCAACGAACCUGAUGAGGAUGGCUUUGUCACUGUUACUAGGGGUGGAAGGAAUGCACCCGCUCGUAGCGACGAGGCAGAGGAGGCUCGUCGCAAGAUGCUAGAGAAGCAGGAGAAGAAGAAGACUGAGAUGACCAACUUCUACCGAUUCCAGCUACGGGAGAGGAAGAAGGCGGAGCAAGCCGAACUCCUGAAGAGGUUCGAGGAAGACAGAAAGAAGGUCAGCGCCAUGAAGGAGAAGCGAGGAAAAUUCCGGCCGGAAGCUUGA